AUGGCUUGUCUGCACGUCAACGCUCCUGAGCUUCGCGCCCCGGGCCCUAGCCAGUCGGUCUACCGCGAGGACUGCACCCAGUGCUUUGACUCCAUUGACAAUCCCUCUGGCCUCGAUGUCUGCCUCUACUGCUUCAACGGCGGUUGCACAGGCGACCGCAACCAUUCCCGCCUCCACUAUGAGUCCCGCAAGCACCCUCUCGUGCUCAACAUUCGCCGCACUCGCAAGAAGGUCAAACGGGACGAGCCGCCCCAGAAAAUGACGAAGCUCGCCAUCGCCGCCGAAACCGAAGAGGACCGCUACGAUACCACGACACGCGUCAAGUGUUUCGAGUGUGGUGUGGAUGACAUCGACAAGACCGCGGGCAAGCUGCUCGACGUGGUCGACGCUGUGUUGAAGGCGAAUACUUUUGCGCGUCAGGAGGAGGUCAAGGCUUGGGAGCAGGAGAUGAUCCCUUGCGAGCAUACUCUAUGUUUGGAGCAGGAGCCUGCCAAGAAGAUCGAGUCGCAAGACUUGGGCCAUUGCUCCAUGUGCGAUCUCAAGGAGAACCUCUGGUUGUGCUUGACCUGCGGCAAUCUUGGCUGUGGGCGUGCGCAGUACGGCGGCGUUGGUGGAAACUCUCAUGGUCUGGCACACAGCGACGCCACCACCCAUCCGGUGGCGGUCAAGCUUGGCUCUCUGACGGCCGAUGGCACCGCCGACAUUUACUGCUACACCUGCAACGAGGAGCGCGUCGACCCGGAGCUGACUGCCCACCUGUCACACUGGGGUAUCAAUAUCGCAGAUCGGCAGAAGACGGAAAAGAGCUUGACGGAGAUGCAGAUUGAGCAGAAUCUUCGGUGGGAAUUUUCCAUGACCACCGAGGAUGGCAAGGAAUUGAAGCCCAUUUUCGGUCCUGGUUUUACGGGGCUCAAGAAUCUCGGAAACAGCUGCUACCUUGCUAGUGUCUUGCAGGCUCUGUUCGCAAUCCCCGAGUUCCAGGACCGCUACUACCAUCCCAAGGAUACGCCUGCUCCGGCAAACGAUCCUGCGCAGGACUUGGAGACCCAGCUGUGCAAGAUUGCAGACGGUCUGCUCUCUGGUCGUUACUCGAAGCCCGAUAGCGAUGUUAUCGCGUCAGAAGACACUCCGGAAGUGCCGCACCAGAAGGGUCUUGCACCUGCAAUGUUCAAGCAUCUUAUCGGACGGGGCCAUGCUGAGUUCUCUACUAUGAGGCAACAGGACUCCUUCGAGCUGCUGCUCCAUCUCUUGAAAUUGGUCUCCCGCACCCCUCACCCUGCGCCCCUCAAGGAUCCCGUGGAUGCCUUCCGUUUCGUCAUGGAGCAAAAGUUACAGUGCUUGAACUGCAAGAAAGUGCGUUACAGGACGGAUGAAAUGGAAAACAUCUCCAUCCCGGUUCCUAUUAGGAGGAUCGCCAAGGACGACAAGAUGGAAGUUACGGAUGCGAAGGGCAAAGAAGUUGAGAAGGAAGAGUUUGAGCCCGUCACGCUGAAGGAGUGCCUGGACAUCUUCACUGCUUCUGAGGUUGUUGAGCUUACGUGCGCUGCGUGCAGCAGCAAAGACGGGUUUACGAAGCAGAGCUUGUUCAAGACAUUCCCCUCGGUGCUUGCAGUCAACGCGCGCCGCUUCGAGCUUGUCAACUGGGUUCCGACGAAGCUGGAUGUCCCAGUAGUCAUUGGGGAUGAGGCUAUCCCCUUCGACGCGUAUAAGUCACGCGGACUCCAGGAUGACGAGGAGCAGCUACCGGAGGAUGCGGAUGCCGAUACUUCGAGCAAGUUUGUUCCGAACGAGGCUGCUUUGGGAAUGCUUGAGGCGAUGGGCUUCCCUCGGAUACGGUGCGAGAAGGCGUUGCACGCCACGGGCAAUGCUGAUCCUGAAGCUGCGUCGAACUGGCUGUUCGGGCACAUGGAAGAUCCGGAUAUCGACACGCCAGUGGACCUGAGUGGUGGAAGCGGUGGCGCAGCCGGAGCGGGAGCGGUCGACCCAGAAAAAAUAGAGUCAUUGGGCGCCAUGGGAUUUUCGGCCCCACAGGCACGUCAAGCGCUCAAGGAGACGGGUGGAGACAUGGAGCGGGCGGUCGACUGGCUCUUCAACCAUCCCGAAGCGACUGGUGACUUCGGUGAGGACGAGGAUGCCGCAGUCGCGGCCCCGAAGGAGGAGAAGACGGAACCUGGCUCGGGCUCGCUGCCUGCCAACUUCCAGUUGCAAUCGAUUGUCUGCCACAAGGGCAGCUCGAUCCACGCAGGGCACUAUGUUGCGUUCAUUCGGAAGCAAAUCCCAGGCGAAGACAAGCCAUCUUGGGUGCUGUUCAACGACGAGAAGGUGGCCAAGGCCGGGGACAUCGACGAGAUGAAGAAGUUUGCGUAUGUUUACUUUUUCAGGCGCGUGUGA